GGAACAUGGCGGCCCCCAGGGGCCCUCAGCGGGGCUCGCACCGCGCCCGGCCCGGCCCGGCCCGGCCCCGCCGCCGGGGUGGGACACGGCCCUCCGCGGGCCUGCGGCCUGCCCUCUGCAGUCAUGAGGGGCGUAUGGCGUGUCCGUGUGUAGAUACACGUGUGCUUGCGCGUGUGUGUGUGUGUAUGUAUGUAUGUGUAUGUGUGUGUGUGUUUGUGCUCCUGUAUGCAAGCACGCAGGUGUGCGCAGGUGUGCGGGGCUCGGUGUGCGAACGCCCUCACACAGGGAAAUGGGGAUGUGCCAGCAAAAGCUCCUCUGGGUUCUGCUGCGCUGUGUGUUUCCUGUCUCUGCUGCCGCUGCAGGAAGCAGGGGGUUGCUGUUUCCUGCCUGGUGGAGAUGUAGCGUUCUCCGGUGAAGUUGUCCUUGGGGAAUUGUAGAAUUGGUGAGCAGAAGAAUUGUUUUUAAUGAAAUAUCCGGCAUGUGCUGACAAACAAGUCAGAAAACCCAGCCAAAAGCUAAUGUCAUCUGGGUCACCCACAGACAGUCCAGAGGUGCCAAUGGAAAAUACCCCAUUCCCUGAAGUUCCUGAUGUGGAAGGAAAGGUGAAGUCAAAUGACAAUCCAGUAGAGAGACUGGAGGCAGGCUCAGGCAAGGAAGAAUGCCUUGAGUCCAUGUCCAAGAGGCAAAGGAAGAAGCUGUUGAAGCAGAAGCAGUGGGAAGAACAGAAAGAUCUACGGAGGCAGAAACGAAAAGAAAAACGCCAGAAGAGAAAACUAGAACGUCAGUCAAAAUUGGAUUCCAGUAGUGAGGGGAAUGGCAGAAAGUGCAUGCGCAGGGAAGUUGUUCCUAGCACGCUUCGCCUCAUCGUGGACUGCAGCUUUGAUGACCUGAUGGUGUUAAAGGAUGUUAAGAAGCUUCACAAGCAGAUUCAGAGAUGUUACGCAGAAAACCGCAAGGCAUUUCAUCCUGUGCAGUUUUACUUGACCAGCCAUGGGGGACAGCUGAAGACCAACAUGAACGAAAAUGACAAAGGAUGGGUGAAUUGGAAGGAUAUCCAAAUUAGAACAGAGCACUAUAGUGAGCUGAUAAAGAAAGAAGACCUAGUAUAUCUUACCUCAGAUUCCCCAGAUGUUCUCAGCGAGCUUGAUGAGAAGAAAGCCUAUGUGAUUGGAGGACUGGUGGAUCAUAAUCACCACAAGGGAAUUACUUACAGAAAAGCUAUAGAGCAGGGAAUUGGUCAUGCACAGCUCCCACUUGGAAACUUUGUCAAAAUGAACAGUCGGAAAGUGUUAGCUGUCAAUCAUGUGUUUGAGAUCAUCCUUGCUUACCUGGAGAAGAGAGACUGGAAGGAGGCCUUUUUCAGUGUCCUGCCACAGAGGAAAGGGGCUGUUCCUUUGGGAGAAGCCAAUGAUUCAUCCAAACAUGCUCUGUCUGGGAAAGAAGAUGAAGACAAUGACUCAGACAGCAGCUAGGCUUCAGAAUUGGUUGAUGGGAAUGAGGAGACAUGCAGUUUGUGGAAUAAAACUGGGGCAGGAAGGAGUUUUGCUUCAAAGACCAUCUGCAGCACUUGUAAUGCUGAAUUGUCUCAGUGCCCGGUAGUCCCAGAGCUGUUUCUGUGCAUGAAAGGUUAAGUUAAAUGCAGGUUUUACCCUGAAACUUCAAUAUAAUAGCUUUUUAAAAGAGAGGGUAAAAAAAGAAAUUAAUGGAAAAUGCUGCAUUUUUUCCCAGGGAAGCUGUUUAAUUUAAUUUUUUAAAUAUUAUUUUUUAUACAUACCAAGCUGGAUGUAAGUUCCAAGAGCACAAGUAGUUAAUAUUUUAAUGUACACAUUCUUGUCUCCAUUUCUGUUCAAAAGUUUUCUUAAAAGCAGUGAAUGACAAGUGCUCCUUUGGUUCCAAAACCUGUACCACUAGUGCCUGCUGCAAUGUGUGCAUAAACACUCUAAACAAAAAUUCUGAUUUUCCUGAGUAUCUCAACAGAGAAUCACAAGCAACUGAACUGCCUGAUUUAUCUACUGUGUUUAGUUGGCUGGGGUCAGUAGGUGAAGUAUGAAUGUGGGGUUAAGCCAGUGCUUUAUACUUGAGCUUGAGAUGGUUGGGUGUUAGCACAGGUGCAAAUCCUAUGCCUUGGUAGGCACAUGGUGCACACUGAGGUGACUCAAUCACUCUUGAUUAUUCCUUCAUAUUCUCAGCAAAAUUUAUCACACAGCCUCAGAACAGCACCAGGAGAGAGGAACUCUUCCUUACAGGUCACUCAGAUUCAGUAUUACUGUGUAAUCACAGGAUCCUGUAUGUAUUGUAUUGUCUGUCAAAUAUUUUUCCUUUAAAAAAAAGUCAUAAUCUUAGUCUUGGAUGGACGUUCUGAUUCUGAUUCAUCCCCUGACUUCAGUGCUGUGGCAGAGUAGUGAAGUGGACAUCUUGGAAGUGAGGCUUUGCUUCAGCUCCGUGAGCCUGCCUGUCCCUCUCUUCCCCAGGGAGUAGCCAGGUGGCUGCAGUGCCUGAAUAAGUGUAUCUCUCACACAGGUUUCUCAUGCCUGAAGAGCUUGAGGUCAUGGCAUCCUAAGUGUUCCUCUCUGCUGAGCUGCAGUCAGAGGGCUCAUUCAGCUGUGAUUUGCCUUUUGCCCAAUUUUCUUCUUCCCUUCGUUGCUAGUGCUUUCAAGUGGAGACUGCAAGUGGGAUCCCUGUGGCUCCCUAUGGUCUGUGAAGGCUUGGCACACAGCUGGGUAUGACUUACACUCUUAGUGCACUUCUCUGUAUGCUUUCUAAAAGGCAAAUAGAGAAGUUUAUUCUGUUAAAAGGAUGGAUUGUGGUUUGUUACUGAAGAUCCAUGGGGCUUUUCUUAGGCUUUUUAAAAGUGUGAUUGCUUUGUUGCAGAAACUAGAUCAGCCUUUUCAUAAAAGCAUUGCUGGCUUUAUUUCUAUAACAAAAAAGGCAGCAUAAGUGUACCCAGCCUGUAUAACACUGAUUCUCUAACUGAAAUGUGUAACAUUUCAAGGAAUUACGCAUUUACAGCUGAGAGAACCUCAUGUUAAUCCAUGUAGCACCUACUAAACCUGAUCUAAGACUCUUCAGUCUGUCCAAGGUUUCCUUAAGACCAUUUCAUACAUGUGCCUUAUUUACUCAGGCUUGAGAGUAUAGGAGCUCAGACAAACUGGGGGCUUUUAGAGACAUGCUGAAAGAGUUCUAAAGCAUCUUACAGAACUGUUGUGCAACUUAAAACACAGCCUUACAACAUUACCAGUGAAAUAAGAUAAUCACAUCCAGGUGUUUUAAAAUCCAGUUGUUUAAAUCUGAAGCUUACCUGUCUAUGGAGAAAUAGAAAGAAAACAUGGUCUGGGGUGUAUUGCUGUUCAGAGGCAGCUCAUACCAACUGCGCUGUGUCACAACAGCUCAGUGGCUGCUGCCUGUUCAUACGUGUUGCUUGUCUCGCCCACACAGUGGGGUCUGCCUGUCCCCCAUCAUAAGAAGCAUGGCAGCAGCUCAAGGAAGGUGAUCCUCCUGCUCUGCUGAGACCCUGCAUGGACUGCUGUGGCCGGAGCUGGGGCUCACAGCAUAUGAAGCCCAUGUUUGAGCAAGUCCAGAGGAGGCCAUGAAGAUGCUCAGAGUGCUGGAGCACCUCUCCUGCAGACGGGCUGGGAGAGCUGGGGCUGCUCAGCCUGGAGAAGAGAAGGCUCAGGGGACACCUUACAGCACCUUCCAGUACCUGAAGGGAGCCUACAGGAAAGCUGGAGAGGGGUUUCUACAGGGACAGGUGGUGAUAGGACAAGAGGAAAUGGGUUUUAACUGACAGAGGGUGGGUUUAGGUUAGAUGUUAGGAAGAAAUUCUUCACUGUGAGGAUGAGGACUUUUAAUUGUUUUUUGUUUUGGAUUUACAUAGUGUACAAGUUAUAGCGGUGUUUGGCACUCUGUUGUUCUAGCUUGUGGCAUGCUACUUAAGAAAGCACAUUUAUUCUUCAUUUGCAAUCUACAGACCUGGCUGCUCUCAAUAUUUUCAAGAUGGUCACUUUCAUAUUUCAGGCAUGGCUUACAAAUGCAUUACACUGGAAGCAGAGAUAAAUCACUGCACUGUUUUAUAAUAAGAAAUGACAAGGAAUUUGUUUCUGAUGCCAGAAAUAAAUAUUGACAUACAGUGCUUUAGGACACUUACAGAAAGAUCUUUCUCUGAAGCAGCUUUAGGUGUAUGAAGUUAAUGCGACUGUAGGAAAACACACUGGGAAGUUCUCUGCUUCACACUGCUGUCCUCAGUGAAGAUCAGCUCUGACAUGCUUGUCUAACCAAGACUUAGAGAUCUCCAAUGUGAUUUGUUCCUGGGCCACAAUAUUGAAGAACAGAACAUUAAAAAACACUGCACAGCUCUAGAACAGGAUCCCUGUGUUUCACCACCAGGUGUGAAACACCUGGCGUCAUUGCUGAGCUUAAGAAAUGCCACCAGGCGUCAUUGCUGAGCUUAAGAAACCUCUGACUUUCAUCACUAAGCUUUGUAAAGUUUCAGGUACUCCCAGAACUAUUGCUCAGCAAUGCUGGGCAGCAGAAUACAUCCAGAGGUCUUUAAACCUGUGUAGGAAAGCAUUAAAAAGGCAAUAAAGAAGGCUCAGGGAACCUGAAAAGAAAGAAACAGAAAAUAGGAAGGGGAUAUGGCAGAAAGUCAAACCUCACUGAAAUAGGCAAACUUUCUUUUAGUUUCAUGCAGUGGGGAGGCCAUAGCAAGGUGCCAUAAAUAAUCCUGUUGUUUUGUUCCCUUUCCAUUGAGCCUCAAUAUCCUUGGUCCAGAUUUCUGAAGUCAGGAACCUCAGCACUGUUUAUCUGCAUCCAUGUUGUGACAAUUUCCCAAACUGUACUGCUGCAGGUUGCUGUACUUUCCCCCUUCUUGUCCAUUUCCUGGAUUCAGGUCAAUUUGCCUUUCCUUUGGCUUCCAUACGUCCCAUAUGCUCAUUGUCCCAUAUGUCCCAUAGUGCUCCAUGUUUGCUUAUGGAGCAGUAGUGUUUGACUCUAGACAGGACUCUGCAGAAGAGCACCUGAGUAGAAAAGAGCCUCUCUGAAGUGCCCCAUCUCAGAGGCUUUUGGUCACAAGGUUGACAGCGAUGGUGGGUUUUGCAUGGAGCUCAGGGGUGUAGCUGUCCAAGGGGAUCCACACUGAUGGUUAUUCCAAAAUCCUGUGUGCAUGACAAGGCACAUGCACUCAGGGCAGUCUUGGGGCAAUGUGACUACCAGGUGCAGGAUGUGGCAUUCCUAAAAUCCUUAGAGCUUGAGGAUAAGGUCAGGGAAUUUUGAAGAGUUUUGUGUUUCUCUGAUUUAAACAGAACUUUUUAUUGCUCAGGCUGUGCUGUAGAUCACACUGAAGAUCACGGGUUCACUGCACCAUUAUUGGUAUUGGCUCAUAUUAUUUUAAAGAAUCCAUUUAUUCUGCAGGAGGGCUUUAAAAUAAGCUAUCAGUAAGCACACAUUCUUCUUAUCCUAAGUUAUUGAAAAGCAGAGGUGGAUUUCGGUGUGACUUCCAAAUCUAAAGCUGAAUAA